AUGCCAGUACAUAAAGAUUUAUCACUAUUCUCAACAUUCGUAAAUAUUUCAUUACUAAUUUUAAAAAUCAUAACUGUUUAUGCUAAAUUAAUAUUUUCCACUUACAAAACCAAUAGUUCAAGAUCAAAUGACUGCAAACAAUUGGAAAAAGAAACUUGUUUUGAAGAAAAAAUUAUACGAGCGAAGGAUAUUAAUGAAAUAGUUUCAAUAUUUGGUUAUAAAGCAAGAGAAUAUGUUGUGACCACGAGAGAUGGAUAUUUACUAUGUAUUCAUAAAUUGGAAGCUCUACAUACUUCAAGCAAAGAUGUAGGCAAGAACAAUAACAAUAAAAAAGUAAUAUAUUUACAUCAUGGAUUAUUAACAAAUUCAGAACUAUGGUGCUUAGGUUCCUCAAAAGAAAAAACUUUACCAUAUUUAUUGGUUGACUUGGGAUACGAAGUAUGGUUAGGUAAUAACAGGGGUAAUAAGUAUUCCAGAAAACAUUUAAAAUUAUCAGCUUCAAGUCUUGAAUUUUGGGAUUUUUCAUUAGAUGAAUUUUCAUAUUUUGACAUUCCUGAUACAAUUGACUAUAUUGAUCAAUUUUAUGAACUGGACAAUAAGCGUAAAUUAAGUAAUAACAUAAGAAGUAAUUCCAGUAGUGGGUCAGCUACUCCGAUAAACGGGAGUUCAACUACAACUUUGAACGAAUCAAAUAAUUUCAUCAAUGAAAGUCCAUCACAGAAGAAACAUCAAAUAAUUUAUAUUGGAUUUUCACAAGGAUGCUCACAAUUGUUGGCGAGUCUAAGUUUAAACCCAGAAUUGAACUAUAAAAUUAGUUUAUUCAUAGGAUUGUCACCAGCAAUAGUCCCACAAAAUUUAAACCAUCCCAUAUUUAAAAGCAUAGUGGAUCUAACGGCACGAGAUAAUUCAUUCUUGUAUAGUUUGUUUGGAAGACGAGCAAUAUUUCCAAGUGUUUCCUUUUGGUCAUCGUGUUUUACACCAAACUUUUAUGAACAAGUUGUAGAUAAAUCACUAAUGUAUUUAUUUGGAUGGUCAGGUACCAAUAUAAAUAAAGAGCAAAAAAGAAUAGGUUAUCCUCAUAUGUUUUCGAACUCCUCAGUUAAGUCGCUUUUACACUGGUUUCAAAUUAUAAAAGCCAAAAGAUUUCAAAUGUUUGAUGAGACAUGUUCUACAGGAUUGACUAAACUUUCUACAUUAUCUGAUUCUGCAAAGUCAAAAGGAAAUAGAGUUACACCAUUUCCUAUAACUGAUCAUUUAAAAAUUCCAAUGAUGUUAUUUUAUGGAGAUCGAGAUAUUUUGGUGGAUAUUGAAAAAACAAAAGAAUUGAUUUUGAACACGAAUAAACAUAUGGAAAAUAAGAUGGAUGUUGUGUUGUGUGAAACUUAUGAGCAUAUGGAUACAUUAUGGGGUAAUGAUGUUUAUGAAUUGGUAUUUAGUAAGAUUUUGAAAAAGUUGGAGACUUUGGAUGAUAAUGAUGUCUUUAGAAAUGAUGAUGAGAAAUUAAAACAAAACUUGAACUUAAUUUAA